AUGGUGUUACAGGGAUAUCAAACGACUCAGGCGAAACUUGCGAAUGGUGAAGUGGUAGCUCAGAAUGAUCAUGUAUAUGUAUCGUUACCGUGGUCCGAGAGAGAUGGAACACCAUAUAACAUAGCGAGGAUAAUCGAGUUUUUACCUCCCAACACUUCGCCCAAGAAGGGUUCGAGGGCCGUAGGUUCAGGUUCGGAAUUGAUGGUCAGGUUGAGUCUGUAUUAUCGACCACCUGAUGUAUCUCUCCGUCCAAUCAAUGACUUCCGACUCCUCUUCGCUGCCAUUCACACGGACAUUCAACCUCUCUCUAACGUCAGAGGAAGAUGUUACGUGAGACAUAAAGAUCGGAUUGAAGAUUUGUUGAAAUGGAAGAAAUUACCGGAUCAUUUUUACUUCGUCAAGUUUUAUGAUCCGUACAUAAAGAGGGAUUUUGAGGUGAUAAGGACAGAGGCUGUUACUAACAUCCCGCUAAAUGUUAAAGAAACACUUCUUUCACGAUACGAGUACCUCGUAACUGAACGAGAGAUGGUGUCUGACUUGACAGAGGCUUUCCGAAGUUGUUGUGUGUGCGAACAAUGGGCUUCAUAUCAGGAAUCAGUAAGAUGCGAGGCAUGCAAGAAACAUUAUCACAUGAAAUGUCUCAAUCCACCUCUAGCGGGCAAACCAGCAAAAGGAUAUUCUUGGUUUUGCCUCUCAUGUUCAAUCCAACGUCAUAAAGAUGUAGAAUCUGAGAAAUACAGAUUCACGAUGAAUGGAUCGUCAACCACCACUGGAAAGAAUAAGCAGAAGACGAAAGAGAAGAUCAUAGCGACGGAUGCUAGACCUGAUGUGACAUUUAGAGGGUGGCCGUGGAGAUAUUUUGGAGUAUUCACUACUCCUGAAGAUGUUUUGGACCCCGAUGACGCUAUUUUCCCUCGAGCCGCUACAAGGGUAGGGUCUAAAUACCAAGCCAACGUGCCAUCAUGGGAAGAGCAGGAGAAACCUCAUGUACCGGGAGUAGUGGAAGUAGAAGCUGGUCCCUCGAGGCAUGGCUUGAUAGAACGAGGGUUUGAUCCGGGUGAAAGGAAAUACGAGUCUUCUUUGACACUUAGAUCCAGACCGAGUGAUGAUUUAAAUUCGUAUAUGGACGAAGUCCGGUCGUUCAAAUUGCCUGUCCCAUCCUACGACGUCGAAAGGCUGAACCUAGCCAUCGACUCGUAUACUACGAUGGGGAGAGAAAAGGCAACGCAGUUUAUGCGUCGUACGAAAUUAGCUGAUUUCAAGCCUGUGCAUUUCUCCGAUAAAGAAACGAUCAUAUUCGAAGCCGAACUUGAGCGUAACGGAGGUCUGGAGACACACGAAACAGCCAAAAUUCUCAACCGUACUCCCGCCGAGGUACUGAGAUUCUCGUACAUAUGGAAGAACAAACAGUUAUUCAAGGAGAACGAAGAACUGAGAUUACAUCAUAAGGUAUCUACAUCCCAUGCAAGGCAGAAUAAAACUCUUGGUGCGCCUUCUCUUGGCAAGAUCAGAGCGGCAAAUACGGAUCAUUCAGAUGAUGAGGUUUCUCUGUACGGGAAUGAUUUCACGAAGAAGAAGGAUAAAGAUGUGAAAUGCGCGGCGUGCUCAACGCGGAUAAGUCAGGUUUGGUGGAGAUGUCCUAGGACUGUCCAGGGGGAUGCAAUGUGUGAGGAUUGCGGAUCGAAUUAUCGAAAGUAUGGUGUCAUAUCUUUUGUCAAAUCUGAAGAUAGUAAGAAAGAGAAGCAGAAGGAAGCUACAUUGAAGAAGAGCAAGGGAGAUGCCAGUGGUACAGCUACCCCCGUCCCACCACCGCCCCCGAAAUUACCACCAUGUGCGAAUUGUAAGAAAAUGGAACCUAAGGCGAUGAUGGCGAGGUGUAAGAACUGUACUUACUCGGUACAUGCUGGAUGUUAUGGUAUACCUUCUCAGGACAUGGGUCCGAAUUGGGAAUGCGAUUUGUGCAUCAAUUCUAAAUCAGAAGAGAAUCAUUUGGAACCCCACUGUGUGCUUUGUCCAAACGACUUGACGCCGAUGACAUCCAAAAUCAAGAAGAAACCUGGUCAACAGGCUGAUUUCGAUUUGUUGUCUGCGUUGAAACCUACAGAAGGUAGAAGAUGGGCACAUAUACUCUGUUCGACGUAUGUUCCCGAAGUGGGGUUCGCUGAUCCAUCGAGGAUCAAGACUGUGGAAGGUGUUAUGGAGGUAGCUAGGGAUAAAUGGGAGAAUCCGUGUACUUUGUGUAAUCAAAUUGACGGAGCUGUCAUUGGAUGUACGGAUUGCGAGACGCUCUUCCACCCUGCCUGCGCUUGGUUAUCGGGUUUGAAAAUGGGUUUUGAAUUUAGUUUGGCAAAACCUGGUCGGCAUGGUACAGUGAUCGUAACAAAAUUCAAAGAUUCCGAAGGUGUUAUGGGACCAGGCGUAUGGUGCAAAUCUCAUGAUCUGAGCGAAAGGGUUAUAUAUGAUUUAUGGGAAAUAGAUCCUGAGCAGAAUGAGACCGCCCUUCAAACAUACAUUUCAUCGUAUAAAGCUAUCCCACCGCACGAUUCAUUCCCUCUACUCCGUAAAGCCAGGAGAUUGGAACAUUUUCUACCACUUGUCGAGAUUCAACAGAAUCAAGAUAUCAUCUGCGCAGAUUGUCAAAUCGACGUUUCACCUUUAUGGCACGACGUGGUUGGUUCGCCUACUGCUUCCGUCAAAGAUGAAAGGAUGGAUAUUGAUGGUGAAGAACAGGUUGUUCCUAACGGGAAUGGGAAGAGAGUACGAGUAGAAGAUAGAAAGAAAGUUUGUCAUUUAUGUUCAUUCAGGUAUCUGUAG